CUGUUUUUCAGGGAACGUUACACUUUAUGUUGCGAUUGCGCAGAAGUGUGCAGCGUGACACACGUGUGGAGGAAGUGCGGUGGCAGGUCUGUAGCAACCUCUACCUCACAUUAGCAGCUAAACUGUGUAAUUUUUAUUCACAGUAAAAUGUCGUGGCUCUUCGGCCUAAACAAGGGGCAGCCUGAAGCGCCACCUGGCCUCCCGGUUCAGCCUCCCCCGCCGGCCGGAGGGGCCGGCGGUGGCGGAGAUAAACCCAAGGACAAAUGGAGCAACUUCGAUCCCACCGGGCUGGAGCGGGCUGCACAGGCGGCCAAGGAGCUCGACAAGUCCCGACAUGCCAAAGAAGCUCUGGAGUUGGCGCGUAUGCAGGAGCAGACCACUCAGAUGGAGCACCAGAGCAAAAUGAAGGAGUAUGAAGCAGCGGUCGAGCAGCUCAAAGGCGACCAGAUACGAAUCCAGUCUGAGGAGAGGAGGAAAACUCUGAAUGAGGAGACCAGGCAGCAUCAAGCGAGAGCUCAGUACCAAGAUAAGCUGGCCAGACAGCGAUAUGAGGACCAACUAAGGCAACAGCAAAUCCUCAAUGAGGAGAAUCUCCGCAAACAGGAGGAGUCUGUACAGAAACAGGAGGCUAUGAGGAAAGCAACGAUAGAGCACGAGAUGGAGCUGAGGAACAAGAAUGAGCUUCUGCGUAUAGAGGCCGAAUCUAAAGCUCGAGCUCGUGUGGAGAGAGAAAACGCUGAUAUAAUCCGCGAGCAGAUCCGUCUGAAGGCUGCAGAACACAGACAGACUGUCCUGGAGUCCAUAAAGACUGCAGGUGCUGUGUUCGGUGAAGGAUUCAGGGCCUUUGUGUCAGACUGGGACAAAGUCACAGCCACGGUAGCAGGACUAACCCUUCUAGCUGUGGGAGUGUAUUCGGCUCGGAACGCGACAGCGGUGGCAGGACGUUACAUUGAGGCACGGCUCGGGAAGCCGGCACUGGUGCGAGAGACGUCCCGAUUCACUGUGGGGGAGGCACUCAAGCAUCCUGUCAAGCUGGCCAAGCGGCUGAAGAGCAAACCCCAGGAUGCUCUUGAAGGAGUUGUGCUCAGUGUAAGUCGACAUCUUUAUAAAAGAAUGCAACAAAUCGCCAUAGCAACAAGAAACACCAGGCAGAACAAAGGCCUCUACAGGAACAUCCUCAUGUACGGUCCUCCAGGCACAGGCAAAACUCUCUUCGCUAAGAAGCUGGCAAUGCAUUCUGGAAUGGACUAUGCAAUUAUGACCGGUGGUGAUGUAGCACCCAUGGGCCGUGAUGGGGUGACUGCCAUGCACAAAGUUUUUGACUGGGCCAACACAAGUCGACAGGGGCUGCUGCUUUUUGUGGAUGAAGCUGAUGCGUUCCUUCGCAAGAGGGCCACUGAGAAGAUCAGUGAAGACCUAAGAGCCACUUUGAAUGCAUUCUUGUAUCGCACUGGAGAACAGAGCAAGAAGUUCAUGCUGGUGUUGGCCAGUAAUCAACCAGAGCAGUUUGACUGGGCCAUAAAUGACCGUAUAGAUGAAAUAGUGAAUUUUGCUCUGCCGGGUCCUGAGGAGAGGGAGAGGCUGGUGCGGUUGUACUUUGACAAAUAUGUGCUGGAGCCCGCCACUGGAGGGAGGCAGAGGAUGAAGCUGGCACAGUUUGAUUAUGGUAAAAAGUGCUCUGAGAUAGCAAAAAGAACGGAGGGCAUGUCAGGAAGAGAGAUCUCCAAGUUGGGUGUGGCCUGGCAGGCGGCAGCAUAUUCCUCUGAAGAUGGUGUCCUGACAGAAGCUAUGAUUGAUGCUCGGGUUGACGACGCUGUCAAGCAGCACCUUCAGAAGAUGGACUGGCUACACAGAGAAAACGAGGCUCAGACCCUUACACCUUCACCAGCUGGGGCGCCAGGCAGCGGAGGCAAAACUGGCUUUAUUCUGCCCCUCAGUGAGGCACCUCAGGCUCAGGAGGUGAUCAGUCCAGUCCUUGAGGUAGAUACAAAACAAGCAGGUGGCAGUAUUCAGCCUUCUUCAGGCAUAAAAGAAGGUCAAAAGGCAGAAGGCAAAAGUGCCUUCCCAGCUGGACAAGACUCUGAGGAUGCUGUCAGAGCAGAAGCUACGACAGCAGCAGAGUUUUUAACCCAUUCUGCUGCCUCCACUGACAGUGAGGGCAAGAUGGAAAAGGAAGACAAGACUGGAUCUUCUUCUCCGAAAGAUGGAACCCCAGUUUGAGUUUUAGAUUUACUCAGUGGUCCUGCCUGGAUUAGAAAAAUUAGCCUUCUGCCCCUUUAACUAGUCUGUCAGUUUGUCUAAAAUCCUGUCAAACUGACAGCUGUUAAGAUGUGUUCACAGGACUGAGAGAUUUUCAGAACACAACAACUGAGGCUCUUUCAUUCUAAUAUAUAAUGUAAUAUACAUUGUAAAAGCGUACUUUAUAUGGAAACCAGACUUUUGCCUGUAAUACUAGUAUAUAAAUGUGCACAGUGGAGUGUCUCUGUUGGAAUGAAUAAAUAAUCAUUGUUUUUACAGUAAAA